AUUGACAGAGAAUCAAGGGUGAAUUUUUUGAUCAGUCCCAUGUGGCCCUACCAAAUGUUUCAAAGUUCUUCCUGCAUCAAGCCAUGGAGGAGAGAAAAGCUGCAGAAGCUUUGAUGAAGUAUCAGCAAGAAAGAGGAGGCCACUACUGUUCUAAAACCAUCCAGAAACCAAACUGUGAGUACGCAGUCAGUCUGAUGAAAGCCCUGGAAUUAGCAAUGAUCCAGUGGAAAACUAUGACACGGUAUUUUGAAGAGCUUUAUGCCCUGAGCCUUGAAAACGCAGACCCUCACAGUGCAAGCACUAUCAAGAAACAGUUCAUUGAGCCCAAAAUCCGGAAGAUCAAGCUGAUGGGAGAUCUUCUGACCAAUGCUCGCAGGCUUGACUGUUCCCAAGAUGGCAGAAACAGUCUUGGCGAUUACUUCAUGGACCGGCUCCAGAAAGAGCUAAGAACAGGCAUAGAGCCAGAGCCUAGUCAGCGCAGUAGCCCCUGCCCUCCUCUCCAGCAAUGCACAGGAGCUGCAGAGGGUCUGAAGCGCCCCCAGAGAGAAUCCUCCCAGCACAGGAAUGGCAUAGGGCCAAUAUAUGCAACUGUAUAUUGCACUGCUGCAGUGCCACAGUGCAAUGAUGGGACAGGAGCAAAAGUGAAGCAGGGCAGGGAGGGACUGUAACACUAGGACUGCUACAGCUAUGGAGCAGCUCCUAAGGCAGAUCUUUAUGGAGGGUGGCCUUGAGACCAGCACUCAGGAGAUGCAAUUGGUUACUCCUGUAUCACUCCCCCUUCUUCAUACCUUGGCCCUCAUCCUCUGAUGAGCCGCAGCUCAAAGUCUAGCCCAUACCAUUGUUUAAAUCAUAGUGAGAUUGCUAGUUCCCCAGAUUGUUUGCAUCAAUUACACUUUCAUCUAUGCAAUUCUUACCGUAGAAGAUGCUUCAGUGUAGAAACUAAAAGCCUUUAGGCCUCUCCUCUGGCUUAAAUGACUGUUAGUAUUAGUUAAUGCCAAUUAUUUUUAACAGUGUAUAGAACUUUUAUAAAAAAAAAAAAAGAAAGAAAACUUUAGUACAAGGUAACUUCUAUGUGGGAAAAAAUCCAAAGAUUAAGUUUUAUAUUAAAUAUUUUACAUUAGUAUGGUAACAUUAUGAACUCUUUAAAAGACUUGUUUUAAAACAAGGUGGAUUUCUUGUUUUCUUUCUAUCAUAGUAUCAAUUUCAAUAACUAAGUAAAUUCAUUUACCUAUAACCCAGCUAUUUCUUGUUGUAUAUGCCUUCAAUAUGAAGGAUACUAACUUUUUCUCAAUGUGGGAACAGGACAGUGUGCUGUUUUUCACUGCAGUUACUUGCCUUGUUGCCUUUUCUAAUCCUCAAAAAGAGGAUGAGAUGUAAAUUAGGGGUUCUCAUUAGAUGUGGUUUUCACCGGUUUUAUUUUACAAGUGUCCCCAAAGGCCCUAGCUCUAGGGACUUGCCCAGACAUAGCCUAGGACAGUUAUUUUAAUUAUCACACAAAUCCCUGUUUCAGCUGGAUAAAGUAUGGUACUACUGCUGAUUUUCUGUAUUCCCUAUCUUGGCCCCAGGUAGGUGAAUAACAUCCUUGGGAAAGUGCAGCAUGCGCAGCUAAAAUUGCACUACAGAAAGCAGCCUCUCAUUCAUUUUUGCAUUUCAGUUGAGGGGGGCAUUCACACUGCCAAACUUAAAGCCUUCACUUUAGCCAGCUGGGUUAAAGUUCAGAGGAGUCUAAAUUCCUUCCAGUGAGCUCCUACGGGAAUGCCUCUCCUUCUCUACAUUGACUAACAAGGUCACCUAGGAAGAGCAACUGGCUAAAUCAGCUGCCUGGAACUAGGUUCUUAAGUCGGUAUAUACCACAGCUUUUAGGCAAUUUGAGUUAAUCUUUCAGUGGAACAAACCCCAACUUUUAUGUAAUACUGUAAUCAAUGUUUCUGUUGUUAAAUUUGAAAAUAAAUUCAGUUCAAUGUAAGAAAUAAUGCAGAUGCAAAUUUUUAAGUUUUCCAAAUAUGCAUGCUAAUGUUCUUCUCCAAGAGACUUUGCCUAUUGACAAAACUGUGCCAGAGUCUAUCUGCCCCCAAGAAAGUUACACAAGAUAGAAAUAUACACCACAAAAUGAAAACAAACAUAUCGGAAAACUGCAUUAAGGUAAAAACACUGCACAAGGAAACACUAAGUCAAUUUUGACUUCUACACACGGUAGCAUUAAGUACCUAUUUCUGUAAAGCCACAUUAGCCCACCUACUUUCUGCUGAUGUUGUAACACAGGACAGACAACUACAAUUCAGAUGUUUUCCCAAUCCCUUUCUGUUAAUG